AUGUGGUUCAUGGCGCUGAUCUCCACGAUACUCUUCUGCAUAUUUGUUUUUAUCUUAAUGGUGGCACGGUCUUGCCUGCAGUGGGAGGACAAGUCCAGGGAGAUGGCGCGGGAUGCCGCUGCCAUCCGCUCACUUUCCAGGGCCCGGGAGGCAAAGCGUGGCAGCAUGUCAUCCUCGCCGCAAGCUGAUUGA